ACAAAGCAAACACAAUCCGAAGAGUGAAAGAAGGAAAACUGUGCUUCGAGUCAAAGUGAAAGUGGCCAUAUAAAAUGAUUAAGCUGCAAGUGAAAGUUAUUUCAUGGGUUUUUAUAAUUUUAACAGGAUUUUUAUGCACGCCACAAAUUGAAAGCAUAAAUACCAAUUUCCUUGAGCUGGCAGCCUUCGAGGACUUUUUGCGGUCGCAGCACUUGCAGCAGUCGCUUGUCGUCCGUAUCAAAGGAGGCGAUGGCGAUGGCGUUGGCAAUGGCGAGAAUGGCGACUGGCAAAUUGAAUGCCACCAGAAAUUGUUGGCCAACUAUCGUGUGCAAUUUUAUCAGCCAGGAAUUUCCCACAAUUUCGAGGAUCUCAUGUACUAUGGGGCGCCGCGUACGGCAGUUCUAGUGCCAAAGUUUGAGCACCGUCUUGUCAAGCGUUGGGUCUAUACGGUGGCAUCUGAGGCGGGAUACUUUAAUAAUUCCUUGGCAUGGUUUAUGCUGGGCUCCAGUCGAGUAUCCCAGCCAGAUGAGGCCCAAAUUGUAGAGCAUUUAGGUGGCUACAAGAUGGGAAUUGAUGCGGAUAUCACAGUGGCCUUGAAGGCCACAGAUAACACCUCGUGGCGUCUUUAUGAUGUGUACAGGAUUAAUCAGCAGGUGCCUCUGCUUGUUCUGAGAAAGGGGAUGUGGUCACCAUCGCAGCGCUACAAGCUGAUGGAUAACUUUCGCAGCAGCUGGAUACUUCGGAGACGCAAUUUUCUAAAUGUCACUCUACGAGGCAGCACAGCGCUGACAGAGAAACCUUCGGGCUUUGAUGAUAUGGAGUACUUGGCCGACGAUAAGCAGUUCCUGCAACUGGAUCCCAUGCAGCGGAAGACCUAUCAAUUGUUCAGACUCGUGGAGCGGCUGUACAACCUCAGUUUGGCCAUAAGCUUCACGGACAGCUGGGGCCAGCAGCUGGCCAACGGCAGCUGGUCGGGUGUGAUGGGUCAGAUAACCAACAGGGAGGCCGACUUUGCCGUGUGCCCCAUUCGCUUUGUUCCGGACAGGCAGCCCUACGUGCAGUAUUCACCCUCUCUGCUUACCCAGUCCAUUCACUUUUUGUUCCGCCAUCCGCGACACAGUCAAAUCCGGAACAUAUUCUUUGAGCCUCUGAGCACUGAGGUGUGGUGGUGCGUCCUGGCCUUGUGUACAUGCAGCACUCUGCUGCUGUUGCUCCACAUCCUCCAUGAGGGACGCCAACAUGGAAAUCUUGUCGAGCGACGAGUGGCCUUUGUCUGGUUUACCAUGCUCGAGACGUAUCUGCAGCAGGGUCCGGCCACCGAGCUCUUCCGGCUGAUGUCCACCCGUGUGCUCAUCAGCGCUAGCUGCAUCUUCAGCUUCAUGUUGAUGCAGUUCUAUGGGGCCUUCAUCGUGGGAUCCCUGCUCUCGGACAGCCCCAGGAGUAUUGUCAAUCUGCAGGCCCUGUACGAGAGCAACCUGGACCUCGGCAUGGAGGACAUUGCUUAUAAUUUCGCGGUGUUCGGUAACAACAGUAGACAGCUGGUAAGGGAUGUCUACCUGAAGAAGAUCUGUCGAUCUGGGGAGCACAAUAUUAUCACUUUGAAGCAGGGAGCAGAGCGGGUUAUUAAGGGUCGUUUUGCAUUUCAUGCGGCCAUCGAUCGUCUGUACAGGCAGCUCCUCGAGCUACGCAUAGAAGAGCACGAAAUCUGCGAACUGCAGGAAAUUAUGUUCAAUCCUCCCUAUGAGGCCGCCUCUGUAAUGCUCAAGGGCUCGCCCUGGCGCGAACAUCUAGCCCAUGCCAUUCUCCAUCUUCGGGCCACUGGCUUGAAGCAGUACAACGACCGUCUGUGGUCGGUUUCCAAGCCGGACUGCAGCCUCUUCAAGGCCUCUCAGGUGGAGGUGGAUUUGGAGCACUUUGCGCCGGCUCUUUUUGCUCUAGUGCUGGCCAUGAUGGCCAGUGCAUUGAUGUUUCUUCUGGAGCUGCUGCACUACUGGCUUACUGCCUUCCGGCCACGUUAAGAUGUGGGAGGGGGUCAGGCGCGAUGUCCAUUUAAGUAAUCAGCUUGCAGGAACCUUGUGCCCGGCUUGUCCCGGCUAUAAUGGCACGACUUUCGGCUACAAAUUUGUGUCGCUCUUAAUGUUUUCUGCAUUUUUAAUAAUAAUAAAAAAUUUGUAAUAAUGUCAGCUU